CAAAUUGUAUUGUCAGUGUUCUGUAUUAUCAUCAUCAUCAUCAAUUAAUUUAAAUCAUAAUUUGAAAUAGAAUAAUCGAAAUGUUGUUGAAUACAAUCAAGGGAUUAACAGCGUUUGUUACCGGUGGUGGAUCUGGUCUUGGUCUAGCCGUAUGUCGACAUUUAGCCGGACUUGGUAUCCGUGUGGUGACAAUCGAUUUGAAACCGAGCGAAGAAAAAAUCGAUAAUGUCACUGGAAUAAAAGGUGAUAUUAGAAAAGAAACUGACAUAAUGGAAGCAUUGAAAUUAUGUCAAGAUUCCAAUGAUGGUCAACAACGAUUAAAUAUUCUUGUCAAUUGUGCCGGUGUUGCCAAUGCAUUCAAAUUGUAUAAUUUCAAUUCGCAAAAACCACAGCGAUUACGAGAUUUUCUUGAUCUAGUUGAAAUUAAUGUCUAUGGUACAUUCAAUGUGAUUCGAUUAUCGAUACCAUUGUUGGCUAACAAUCCAAUGAGUGAGAAUGGAACGAAAUCGGUCAUCGUAAAUACAUCGAGUAUAUUGGCAUGGGAAGGCCAUGAAGGACAGACCGGUUAUUCGGCUACACAGGGAGCAUUGAAUGCUAUGACAUUGCCAUUAUCCAGAGAUCUAGCCAAAGAAGGCAUUCGUGUCAAUACGAUUGCCACCGGCUUUUUCGAAACACCGUUAGUUAUACGAUCAAAUGCACCAGAAUUAUUCGAAUUCAUACAAUGUGCUACACCUUGUCCUUCAAGACUUGGUCAACCGGAGGAAUUUUCCAAACUUGUCGAAACGAUUAUUGAAAAUCCAAUGCUCAAUGGUGAAAUAAUACGAUUAGAUGGCGCAUGUAGAUGGCCAGAAAGGGGAUAAUUUUGUGUCAUUGUUUUGUAUUAUAGUAGUAUUCUUUUUUUUAUUAUUCCAUCAAUUUACAAAUCCAGCGGGAAGAAAAAACAAGACAUGGAAUACAAGUGAGUGUGUAGUAAAAUAAAUACAAUUUUACAAUGA